AUGCCUUUAAACUACGUAAGCAUUUGCAUCGCUCUUUAUGAUUACACUGCUCAAAACAACGAUGAAAUUUUCUUUAAAGAAGAUGACAUACUUUAUAUUCUAGAAAACGACGACGACAAACGGUGGAAAGCUAAACUAAAGAUCGAAAAAAGCGAAGGUGAUGAAAACACUGAAGAAGGCCAGAUCGGGCUUGUGCCUAGCAACUACAUCCAGGAGGCCGAAUGUAAAAGUGUUUUGAAAGCUGUUUACGAUUACGAGGCACAGUCUGACGAAGAACUGUCAUUUAAAGAAGACAAUAUAUUAUAUUUAUAUGAUAAAGAUGACUCUGACUGGUAUUUGGUUAAAUUCAAUGAUGUAUUUGACAUCGAAUAA